GCAGCAGCAGUCAGCAGUGCAGUGGAGUACGGUAGUAUAGGGAGGGCUGGUCCACCGUCGCAGUCCGUCACACACCGGGAGGCCUUGCCAUCAAUGCGGAGGGGUCGGGCCGCAUUGAUUGCACAUCUUGUCCUCAUGCCUUGCCUUUCCAACACCUUAAUUAAUGGCGCCCAUGCGUGCCUCCAAAACCUCCCCUGUUUCCCUUCCCCCUCUCCCUCUCCCUUGCUCUCUCUUCUUUAACCUGUUUAUAUUUAUCUCCCCCUCUCCGUCUCGCCGUCUCUCAGCUCUCUCUGCUACUCCUCCUAGCUGCAUGCUAAGCUAAAUCUUCUGUUGGAUUGCCUAGCUUUGCUGCUUUGCUUGCUUGCUGUGGUGUGGUGUGGUGUGAAUUUUGUUGAUUGGUCGGAGCUUGGGGUUGUGUAUGGUGGUGGUGGUGUGGUAGCUAGUAGCUGCUAGUGCUAGAUGGUCGCAGGGGCGUUGGGGUACAUGGCGAGAGCGGCGGACGGCGGCAGGGCGGCGGAGCUCGUCACCAGGGAUUUCCUCGGCGGCUGCGUCGCCGCCGACGACGCCAGGGACGCCGCCGCCGCCGCAGCAGCAACUGCCAGGCACGACUCCGUGUCCGGCAAGCUGUCCCUGCAGAAGCAGACGUGCCCGGCGACGCCGACAGACCUCAACCUCUUCCCCGUCCCCGGCGCCGCCGCGUCCGCCGCCAAGCCGUGCCCGUCGUCUACGGCGGCGGCGGCCUCCGGCGCAGGCGGCACCACGACGACGACGACGACGUACCACAGCGUGUGCACGAUCGAGAAGGUGAAGACGGCGCUGGAGCGGUUCGAGCGCGGCAAGCACCAGCACCACCAGCACCAGCAGCACAGCGCCGGCGCGUCCCCGUCGUCGUCGUCCGUCACCACCUCCUCCGUGAAGCGCCGUGGCGGCGGCGGCGUCGGCGACGGCGCGGUGGAGCAGGGCGACGGGUGCGACUCGCCGUCCGCGGCGGGCGGCGGCGGCAUGGUGGCCGCCGCGUGCCCGAGGUGCUUCCUGUACGUGCUCAUCUCCCGGUCGGACCCGCGGUGCCCGCGGUGCGAGUCGCACGUGCCGCCGCCGCCGUCGCCGGCGCCGAAGAAGAAGCCCCGGAUCGACCUCAACGUGGGGUUCCUCGGCACCUAGCUUUCCUACCCUACCUUCACCUGCAUCGCCACGGUGGACACAUGUGACUAGCCAUAGCUAGCUAGCCAGCCAUGCCCCCAAUUCUGUUAGGAAAUCAAUGAAUCAAUCAAUCAAACACGUACUCCAUAGAACACGAGGAUGAUCAUGACGAUGAUGAUGAUGAUACUAGUAGUCCUAGCUCCACUAUGUAAUUGAUCAAAAAGCAUUUUCGCCCUUAAAUCAACUUUUCCAUUUUUGUCUUC